GUCACAGCAUAAUGGACCGCACACCCGUCAUCUGUGACUAUGGUUCUGGCUCCAGCAAGGUGGGCUUUGCAGGAACUGAGGCCCCCCUGGCUGUCUUCCCCACCAUCCUCGGGAAACUGAAAUAUGAUAACCUGCUAGUGGGGUUGGAAAAGGAAGACUGGUUCAUUGGAGGUGAGGCCCAGAAUAAUCUACUUCAUCUGAACUUGUACUACCCCAUCACCCGGGGAACCAUUACCAACUGGGACAAUAUGGAGAAGAUUUGGCAUCACUCUUUCUACAGUGUUCUCCGAAUUGCCCCUGAUCAGCAUCCCAUAAUGAUAACAGAGCCGCCGUUAAACAAGAAGGAUGUUAAAUGGAGAAUGACGCAGAUCCUAUUUGAAACCUUCAACAUUCCUGCCCUGUUCCUGGCUAAUCAAGGGGUCCUCUCCUUAUACGCUACUGGCAGAACCUCUGGAACAGCUAUUGAAUCAGGAGAGGGGAUGACUUACUUGGUGCCCAUCAUUAAUGGCUAUCCUUUGGAACUGUCGACCACCAGGAUGGAGGUAGCUGGCUUCGACUUGACCCAGCACCUCAUGAAACUGCUGUCAAACAAUGGAAAAUUUUCCGUGACCACAGCUGAGCAAGUCUACAUCCGAGAACUGAAAGAGAAGCACUGCUAUGUGGCACUGGACUAUGACAUGGAGGUAGCAAAAACCUCACAUCCCAGCUACCAGAAGAAACUCCAGCUGCCAGAUGGCAAGGAAAUCAUACUAGGGCAAGAGGCUUUCAUGUGCUCAGAAGGACUCUUCAACAGCAGCCUCCUUGGAAUGAGCAACCAGGGGAUCCACAUGUUGGCCCGGCAGACCAUCACAUCCUGUGACAACUCCCACUGGAAGACUCUCUUCAGUCAUAUCACGCUAUCUGGUGGCACUGGUUCCUUCUCAGGCCUACGAUUGCGGCUGCAGGGUGAACUAUCAAAGCUGGCCCCUCCAGACAUCAAUGUGAAGGUGGUCGCCUCUCCGUACGCCAAGUACAGUGCCUGGAUAGGUGGCUCCAUCUUGUGUUCUCUCCCUGUGUUCGAGGACAUGUGGGUCAGAAGCCAGGAGUAUAAGGAAAUUGGCCCUGCUGUUAUGUUUAGAAGAAGCUUCUGAUCUUUCGCCCGGGGCCAACAUCACCGUGCCCAGGGUGAGCCUCAGCGUUGCCACAAACUCGCAGGAAGACCCCCUCUUUUCCUGGAGGAUAGUAAAAGUGUGCAACACUCGUUCACUCUGCCCGGCUGAGUGGCCCCUGGAGUAUCCCACUGCAGCGGGUGCUGGUUCUUGUCUGUUAGUCAGGAUAAGUCAGUGACGCUGCAUAACAAGCAUCCCCAGCUCCCAGUGUCACAAAGGGUGCUUUGCCAGUCACCCUGCUGCCUGCACCCUGAGGUAGGGGUUAUCACCCUCACUUGGGGCCCAUCACCCUCACUUGGGGCCUUCCGCUAAAGCAAACACCACCCGUGCGCAGCACUGGCAAAAUUAGGAGUUUCUUAGUAGAUUUUCUUUUGCUCUAACAAAACACGGGAUACCGGGUCAUUUAUGAAGAACAGGGGUUUAUUUAGCUCACAGGCUCAGGAACAUGACACCAGCCUCUGCGAGGGUCAUUCUUGCCUUGUUAAAACAGGGCAGAACAUUGUGGACUCAGGGAGCAACAUGUAAGCUUGACUCUCUUCCGCCUCCUUUUCUCCCUCCUCCUCUUCCUCCUCCUCUCCCUCCUCCUCUUCUUUUUUUUCUUUUCUAGAAAAAAAUUAGCUUAAUUUUUUUGAAAUUGAGAGCUAG